AUGCCCAACCCGGAGAGACAUGGGGGCAAGAAGGAGGGCGGCGGCGGGGCCUCGCAGCGCGCGCCCAGCGCCUCCAACAGCCGCGAGCGGCACCGGCCGGCCUCCCGCCACAAGCGCCACAAGUCGCGGCACUCCAAGGAGGCGCCGGCGGCCGCCCCGGAGAGCGCGGCGCCCUUGGGCGCGGUGAUCAAGCCGCUCGUGGAGUACGACGACAUCAGCUCCGACUCGGACACCUUCUCGGACGAUGUGGCCCUCAAGCUGGACAGGAGGGAGAACGAGGACAGGAAAGCGGAGAGGAGCGAGAGGGCCCAGAAGCACCGGCACCACCAGCACAAGCGCAUCCGUGAGCUGAUGAGGAGCAAGCAGGCGGAGAAGGAGAGGAAGCUGGAAAAGAGCCUGGAGGCGUCUGGCAGGUCAGGGUCCACCAAGGACAGAAUAUCGGGAUCCUCCAAGAGGCUCCUCGAUGACAACGAGCAGCACCCGAAGUCGCUUUCCUCCAAGAGCAGCAACAAGGAGUCCCGGUCAGCCAAAGCGCACAAGGAGAAAUCCAGGAAGGACCGGGAGCUCAAAUCCAGCCACAAGGAGCGCAGCAAAAGCCACCGGAAAAGGGAUGCUCCGAAAAGUUACAAAACCAUUGACAGUCCCAAGCGGAAAUCCAGAAGUCCCCACCGAAAAUGGUCAGACAGCCCCAAAUUGGACGACAGCCCCUCGGGAGCCUCCUACAUCCAGGAGUACGACCUCAGCCCGCCGCGCUCUCACACCUCCAGCAACUACGACUCGUACAAGAAGAGCCCGGGCGGCUCCUCGCGCCGCCAGUCCGUGAGCCCCCCCUACAAGGAGCCCGCGGCCUAUCAGUCCAGCACGCGCUCCCCCAGCCCCUACGGGCGCCGGCAGCGCUCCCUCAGCCCCUAUAGCCGGCGGCGCUCCUCGAGCUACGAGCGGGGCAGCGGCUCCUACAGCGGCAGGUCGCCCAGCCCCUACGGGCGCCGGCGCUCGAGCAGCCCCUUCGUGGCCAAGCGCUCCGUGAGCCGAAGCCCCAUCGCCAGGAAAUCUGUGAAGUCCCGAAGCCGAAGUCCUGGGUAUUCGAGACACUCAUCAUCUCACAGUAAAAAGCAGAGGUCUGGGUCACGUAGUCGCCAUUCCAGUAUAUCCCCUACCAGGCUGCCACUGAACUCUAGUCUGGGGGCAGAACUCAGCAGGAAGAAAAAGGAACGAGCGGCAGCAGCAGCGGCUGCAGCAAAGGUGGAUGGAAAGGAGGCAAAGGGCUCGCCUGUUUUCCUUUCUAGAAAGGAGAACAGCUCAGCUGAACUCAAGGAGUCAGGAACGGAGUCUAAAAAGGUCACCAAAACUGUUAAAUCUGAAAAGUCCUCUUCAGAUACAGAAUUAGUUAAUUUACUGUAUACAAAUGCAGAGACUAAAGCAUCUACAGACACAGUAAAAGUCAAAGCAGAAGAGAACUCUGAAAAGAAAUAUCCUGUUCCAGUUAAAGAUGCAAAACAAACGGGAACAAAAGACUUGAAGCCUGUAGUAGUGAAAGAGGAGCUUCUGUCACCAAAAGAGACAGACACAGCAGAGAAGGAGAUUCCACCUCCAUUACCCUCAAUCAAAUCACCCCCUCCACCUCUGCCGACCACCACGCCACCACCCCCAACUCCACCGUUGCCACCUUUGCCUCCAUCACCUGCUGUUCCRCCUCUGCCACCAUCCCAACUGACUCCCGUUCAGGUCCCUACUUCAGUCCCGACAUCUUUGCCAUCUUCUUCCCACCCAAGGACGUCUACUUUAUCCUCUCAGGUGAACUCUCAGUCUUCUGUCCAAGUCGCUACAAAAACCCAAGUGUCUGUGACGGCUGCUAUCCCACACCUGAAAACUUCGACGUUGCCUCCGCUCCCACUCCCCCCUAUUUUAGUUGGGGAAGAUGACUUGGAUAGUCCAAAAGAGAUUCUUCCUCCGAAACCUGUGAAGAAAGAUAGAGAGCAGAGACCACGACACUUACUCACGGACCUCCCGCUCCCUCCAGAGCUCCCUGGAGGGGACCCAUCUCCUCCUGACUCCCCAGAACCAAAGGCAGCCACACCACCUCAGCAACCGUUCAAAAAGAGACCAAAAAUCUGUUGUCCUCGGUAYGGGGAAAGGAGACAGACGGAAAGCGACUGGGGGAAGCGUUGCGUGGACAAAUUUGAUAUCAUUGGGAUUAUUGGAGAAGGGACGUAUGGGCAGGUGUACAAAGCCAAGGACAAGGAUACAGGUGAGCUGGUAGCGCUCAAGAAGGUGCGGCUGGACAACGAAAAGGAAGGCUUCCCCAUUACAGCCAUCCGCGAGAUCAAAAUCCUGCGGCAGCUCAUCCAUCGCAGUGUUGUUAACAUGAAGGAAAUAGUCACGGACAAACAAGAUGCACUGGAUUUCAAGAAGGACAAAGGUGCCUUUUACCUUGUGUUUGAGUACAUGGACCAUGACCUAAUGGGGCUGCUAGAAUCCGGGUUGGUACAUUUCUCAGAGGACCAUAUCAAGUCUUUCAUGAAACAGUUAAUGGAAGGUCUGGAUUAUUGUCAUAAAAAGAACUUCCUUCAUCGAGAUAUCAAGUGCUCCAACAUCUUAUUGAACAACAGUGGGCAGAUCAAACUUGCAGAUUUUGGACUUGCCCGACUCUACAGCUCGGAGGAGAGCCGUCCAUAUACAAAUAAAGUCAUUACGCUGUGGUAUCGACCUCCAGAACUGCUGCUAGGUGAGGAGCGUUACACACCAGCCAUAGAUGUGUGGAGCUGCGGCUGUAUCCUCGGGGAACUGUUUACAAAGAAGCCUAUUUUUCAAGCCAAUCUGGAACUGGCUCAGCUUGAAUUAAUCAGCCGGCUCUGUGGGAGCCCUUGUCCAGCAGUGUGGCCAGAUGUCAUCAAGUUGCCCUACUUCAACACUAUGAAGCCGAAGAAGCAAUACCGAAGGCGCCUGCGYGAAGAGUUCUCCUUCAUUCCUUCAUCUGCUCUCGAUCUGCUGGAUCACAUGCUGACGCUGGACCCCGGCAAGCGCUGCACGGCAGAACAGGCCCUGCAGAGCGACUUCCUGAAGGAUGUUGACCUCAGCAAGAUGGCACCCCCGGACCUCCCCCAUUGGCAGGAUUGUCACGAGCUGUGGAGCAAGAAACGGCGACGGCAGCGGCAGAGUGGGAUUGCAGUGGAGGAGCCACCGUUAUCAAAAGUUUCUCGRAAAGAAACUACCUCUGUUACAAGCACAGACACUGUGAAAAACAACAGCAGUCCUGUGCAGCCACCGCCUGCCCCGCUCAAAACCGAGCCUGGCGUCGGAGAUGUAGUAGGCCUUGGAGAUAUCACCCAGCAGCUGAAUCAGAGCGAACUCGCUGUUUUACUGAACUUGCUGCAGAGCCAGACUGAUCUGAGUGUCCCACAGAUGGCCCAGCUGUUGAAUGUACACUCAAACCCCGAGAUGCAGCAGCAGCUGGAGGCUCUCAACCAGUCCAUCAACGCUCUGACAGAAGCCACCACUCAGCAGCACGAGUGUCAGGCGGUGGCGGCGGAGGAAGCCAUAGAGGAGCCACCCGCGGAGGCCCAGCCAGCGGAGGAGCAGGCGACUCCAGAAGCAGCCAGCGCUCAGGGAGACAUGCAGAACGUGCUGGCCGUUCUGCUGAGUCAGCUCAUGAAAAGCCAGGAGCCUGUUAUAACCCUGGAGGAGAGCAACGGGGAGAAGAGCUGCGAGCAGCGGGGGCCGAGGAAAACCCCCACCGUGCACCCGGAGGAAAGCACAGCGUGUCCUCCUCGCCUUCUCCCCCUAGAGAAGAGACCCCCCGAGCCCCCCGGAGCGCUGCCGCCGCUGGCCGAAGGCGACGUGUGCGGCGCGGCGCAGGAGCUGACCCCGGCCGUGACGGCGGCGCUGCUGCAGCUCCUGUCGCAGCACGAAGCGGAGCCGCGGAGCCACGCGGAGCCGCGGAGCCACGAGCCCCACGCGCCGAGGGCCGCCGACGUCGGCAGCUCCCGCUCGGCCAGGACUUACGAGGGCUCGGAGGGGGGAUUUGGCGCCGAGGAGCUCAACCCCGGCCCCACGCCGCUCGAACCCGCUGCGCCCACGCUGGGGAAGAGCAGGACCUUUUUGGGCUCCGUGAGCCACCUCGGGGAGACGAGCAGCUACCAGGGCACGGGAUCGCUGCAGUUCCCAGGGGACCAGGACCUCCGCUUCGCCAGAGUGCCCGUCGCCGUGCCGCCGGCCGCGGGGCCGCCCUCGGCGAAAGGCGAGGGCAGCAGCAACAACGCGCUGGCGCACGCCGAGCCGCCGGUGCCCGGCUACGGCGAGCUGGGAGCGGGCAGCGCCGCGGCGCCCGCCUGGGCCGCUCCGUACGGCAAGGCUUUCCGCGGGCCCGGCAGAGCGCCCGCCAGGGGCGGCCGGGGCAGAGGCGUCCCCUACUGA